CAUGGACUUGCAGGAGCGGCGAGGCAAAAAGUUUAUGACAAGUUUCCGGGGAUCACGGAGCCUGGGGGAGGCCUGUAUCCUCCCAUCAGAGCAGAAGCAUGCUGGAGGGACUUCUCGACGUUCCUCAAGCUUGUCAGCUAUGGGACCCUCGCAGGAAACCCAAACAUCGCGGAUGACGAGGGAUCCGAGAUCAUGGGAAAGCUUUAUAGAGAGAUGAAGGUUCCUCUUGAUGCCAUGGAGGAGGGGGUGAAGGGUCUAAGAGACGCCUCCUUGGAGCAUGUCCGGACCAGAGGCGAGUGUAGCUGCGAGCCUUCGUGCCGUGUAAGUAACAAAGUUGAGCAGCGUCUGACGUCAUAG